AUGGGGAUUUCCUACAGCGGGGAGUUGUUUACGAAGUUCGAUGGUCGACCGAUUACCAUUCUAGCUCACGUGGUCCAUAUCUCUGACGGCCCGCCACCUGAUUUCGUCGAGUACUCAGUCGCUGGUCCUACGCUUCAAGGGACAAUGAGGUAUCUGUGCAGCGCGAUCCCCCCUUUUGACGGGAUGGUUGAUAAACCCAAUGCAGGAACAUUGUUUAUGAAAAUUCCUAAGCAUUUAUUGGAGUUUCAUAAGAAUCCAAUUCCGUUUGAGUCGAUGGUGUUUAUCCGAGCGAAAUUUAUCAACGUCGAGCAAAACCUUGAUGUAAUACCUGUCUUGUGCGAAUCGAUCUUACCGACGAACACUUGA